UUUCAACCUAGUAGUGUAUCAUUUUUUAUCGUCACUUUUCAAUUUUCAAAUCCAAACACAAGAAUUCAACAUUUCACUUUGCUUUGGUAUUCCUCAUUCGUUUGACAUAUAAUGGAGAACCCAGAAGGCAACGGCAUGUACAGCCAGAUUAUCGACACGAUCGACCAGAUGUACGCCCAAACCGACGAGCUGAGCGCUGAUAGGAUGGAGAUGCUCGAGCAAUCUCUGCAGACGCUGGCCAACGGAGUGAACGAAAACAACCAGGUGGUACAGUCGGUGCUUGGCGCCGUCAAGCAACUUGCCGACUCGAUCCACGGUCAAGGCCAGCUGCUCUCAAAGCUGCAUUAUCGGCAGGAAGAGACCAGCAAAGAAUUUGGCGCAAUGGCCAGCAAGUUUAAGGCCCUGGAGACGUAUAUUGUAUCUCAGACAAAACUUAUCAUGCAACAGCAGCUCAGAGCAGCAGCAGAGGCAGUAACAUCUUCGCGCCCACAGACACCCGCCCCAAACACUGCCGGCAAUGCUGCUGCUUCGUCGCCAGCAUCGACGGCGAGUGCCCAGAUUGCAGAUAGACAGGCAUCAGCUACCCCGGUUGCCAACAUUUUGAAUUUCAGCGCGGCCGGUGGCUCUUUGCAAGUACCUGGCUCGAUGGUCUUGCAAAACCACACGCAUCCUUCGACUGCCAUGUCAUACGGUGCAUUUGCGCCAUCCACUGCGACAUCAUUGCCUAUGAUUAGCCCCCCUGCGUCCACUGCUGCCGCCGCUAAUCAACAGAGUUUUUUGCUCGCCCAGCAGAUGAGCAUUCAGCGUAACCAGGAGAUCGCACAGGUUUACAGUGAUAACCAGUAUUUGCAAAAUCUAUCUCCGACCGAGCAGUCCAAGUUGGUGCUGUUCAUUCUGAAGCAAAAGCAACAGCAGCAGCAGCAACAGUUUCAAUUUCAGCAGCAACAGCAAUCGAUUCAACAACAUCGGCAACAGCCUAUUCCAUUUCAACCACCCGGCGCAUCCGCAAUGCAAGCCCAGCAAAGCCUGCUAGUGAUGCAGCAGCAGCUUCAACAGCGCGAGCGGCAACGUGAGCAGCAGCGCCAGCUUCACCUUCAGGAGCAACAACGGAGACAGAAGGUUGCAGAUGAGCUCGAGCAGAAGAGGCAACAACUUUUGGAGCAGAAGAGACAACAACUCUUGGAGCAGCAGAGAAGUAUCAAGCAGAAGAAGCAGGAACUAGAUAUUCAGGCGGCGCAGACAGUCCCGGCGGCCCUGAUUCGGGUGAAGACUGAAUCAACUCCAUCUCCAUUUCCAAUUCCGGCCCCCGCUACAGCUCCAGUUACUGCCCCGAUUCGGGUAAAUAUUGAACCAGCUCCGGUUCCGACUCCAGUCACUGCCCUGCUACUGUCGCCAUUGCAGGGAAAGAAGCCCGUCGAAAAGAAGCCCGAGGUCCAGUCCACCACCGUUUCCAAGCCAACACCCCCGCCGAUGUCGAAUAUGAUGCCGGUGUCGCUCAUCAAGCAAACCGUGGUUGCCGCGCCUCCACAGGCACAAGUACCGAUCUUGCUCACUUGCCCUUCUGCCAAGUCACAAUCGCCGCUGCCAACGCUAGCGCCAAAGAUGUUCACACUGAAUACAAGCUCGUCGUCAUUGAACGCCCAGAUCCCGCAGGUCGUGUCGGCGCCAAAGACGCAGAUUCCUCAAGUGGUUUCGUCAUACAAAGCACCGGUCAAGGCUCCUGCCACCACGUCAGCCACUGCUCCGGCAAAGACCAAAGCAAACCGGCCGCCAGCUGUCCCCCCGAUGCCCCCUAUAGGUGCAAUGGCCAGCAAGGCAAAGGUUGCUAGUGCCAGUGUGUCAUCCGCAAGGUCGACGGUGAGCUCCGAGUCUGGAGGAAUAUCGAUUAAAAGUGGAAUUCCAUCACCAGUGGCAUCGUCGAAAUCGACGGCUUCGACAACAGAAUCGAGCUUGAUCGCUGACAAGCCUCUCGAGCCGGCGCAUGCCUCCUCAUCCAAGGUGAAAGCUACAUGCAGCCGGGUGGAUUCGAGGUCAAGGUCCAGAUCCAAGUACUCAUCUUCGCGUCUAAACCUGUCCCGCUGUUCGGCACACUCCCGCCAUCACGAUCACUCUCCAUCUUAUUCGCGCUCACACUCGCGGUCACGCUCUUACUCGCGUUCCCAGGCUCAGCGUUGCAACAGGUCGCGCUCGCGCUCGAUGUCACGUUUGCGGUCCACAUCACGGCGCUGUGAUGUGGACAACAGGCUGGGCCAACUCGAAGUGACAAUCAAAGGCGCGACCAAACAUGCGCGCGAAGACGACUCGUCAAGCGGGCGCAACACCAAGCGGCAGCAUAGAAGCCCACGCAUUAGUGGCGUUGCGUUCUUUGGCAAUAGCAACAGCGCAUCGGACGAUGACGACGAUGACGAGCUCAUUAAAAGAUAUAGCGACCCUGACGAUGUCGAGUUUGGUAUUGUUGGCGCGUCAGGGUUAAGCAGGCGUGGCAGCCCAUCGGGUAGCAGCGCUACCAACAUCACUUCGCGGCUGGGGCACACUGCUGCUGAAGACAACACCAGUAAUAUGUAUGGCCGCGUAUCAUGGAAAAAUGGUAGCAGCAGCAACAGCAGCAGCAGCAACAACGGACGCUUUGCUGGCUCUGGCUCGGGGUACAAUGGCGGCCACGCAUGGAACACCCAGGAAGAUGUAAUCGGAAAACUGGAGGACGCAGACGGUAAUAUUAUUACCAGUGAGAGAGUUUCGCAGAUGAUGGGUCCAUUCUACUAUCUCGCAAUGCCUGCGAUCCCGCCGGUAUACCAAAUGUUCUUUGGGUGCAUGCCGAUGCGCCCAGAAGUGUCUCAAAAGGUCAUCAAUAAUGCGAUUACUAAACUGGUUGGCUUCAAGUAUUUUAGGGCGGCCCUGGCACCCGCCGCCAAAUACUCAGGAUUUGUGCCGAGCUAUGUGGUGCGUUGUGACAGCGAUUCUAACAAAAAAGUGCGCCGGAUGAAAGAGCGGGUUUUCGGCGGGAAUAUUGUCAUUGGGCCUCUGCUGUUCUACAGUCUGGUCAUGAUGUCGUGUGGCCAGAUGCAAAACAAUAUGGCGUCAUCCAUGAACACGCUGCUGAGGAACAUGACCGGACUUGAAUUUGAUCAGUUGAGAAUCGUUACUAAGGACGGAAUCAGCCAGCAUUCGACGUACACCGUGUGGUCCAUGACCAUAGACUGGGUCAAGGACCUGUGCAAGUACCUGGUCGAAGAUCGCCGCGCCCAGGACUCUAUCACUGCUGCGAGCAAGUGCCACAGCGAGUACAUGCGCCAGUGCCGAAACAGCAGCCAUGACAAUAGUGGUGGGCUGGACAGGGACGGCAACAUGGCCUUUAGAAUGCUGUCCACCAACGCUGAGAACAGCCGACUGUUUUUGGGCGUCAGGCCGAGCGAUCUGCGCGAGCUGUACAAGUACCUGGUGUAUAUAGUGGGCAAGCUUUCGACUCCACAUACCAUUAAGUAUUUGAAGCAGGUGUCUGAGAGCUUUAUUCAAAACGAGGAAUAGCGUCUUUUUUUGCUCUCGAACGAACGAAAAAAGCUAGAAAAUGAAUAAUAAAUAUGAAGCAGUGGCAGUGAGAUUGUAGUACAACUAUCACUCUUGAGCAGCACCCCUGUGGCGGUAAAUGUAGAACUGGUACAGUAUGCCCAACUCCAGCCAAAUGGUCGACGAUGCACCGAGCAGCCACGCCGCGUACUUUUCCAGAUACUCGCGCG